AAAUGAAAUCUAAUAUUCCCUUUAUUAUAUCUAAAACUAAUCAAGCGGCAGAGAUUUCUUCAUGAAUAUGUCUACGACAGUAGCGCAUUCAUCAGGUCAGAUCCUCGAUAAGUCAUGGAACCUUCUCUCAGUCUAUUAAUUUUCCGAAUAAAACUCUGUCGUAGUCUUCAAGGCCCCCCAAAACAAUGGCAAUCUCUCUUAAUACAAAUCUUCAUCACCCUUCUCUCAGUUGUGGGACUAAGCUUUAUUCUGGUUUGAAGCUUCAAUCUCCCUGUUUGUUUGCAACUGGCAGACCAAACUUGACUGCAGACUUCUUUAGCAGAAUUAGUGAAAGCGUCCAAUGCGGAACUCGAAAUUCUAAACCAACAAGGUCGCGAGUUGGAAUGAUGCCUAUAGGAACUCCAAGAGUUCCCUAUAGAGUUCCUUGUGAAGAAACUUGGCAAUGGGUUGAUUUAUGGAAUGCACUGUACCAAGAGCGAUUUAUAUUAUUAGACAACAUAUCGAUGAGGAAUUUAGCAACCAAAUAUUGGCAACAAUGUUAUACCUUGAUAGCAUCGAUGAUAAUAAAAGGCUUUAUUUUUAUAUAAAUGGUCCUGGAGGAGAUCUUACUCCAAGCUUAGCUAUCUAUGACACCAUGGAAAGCUUGAAAAGCCCUGUAGGCACCCACUGUGUAGGCUAUGCCUACAAUCUAGCCGGUUUCCUUCUUGCAGCUGGGGAAAAGAUUAACAAGGACUUAAGUAGGAUGAAACGUUUCAAUGCUCAACAAGCUCUUGAAUAUGGACUCAUUGAUCGUAUUGUCAGACCUCCACGUAUCAAGGCAGACGCACCUCGCAAAGAUGCAGGAGCAGGCCUCGGUUAGUGUUCAUUAUUAUUUCCCUAUCAAAUGAAUGAUAACUGUAAUAAAAUUUUUGUAUCGAAUUAGGUUUAUUUGCACAGAUUUAGAAUUAGUCAUCUGAUUUACAGUUUUUUCAUAAUAGCAGAUUCAUGGUUUUUCUGCUGAUAUUGUUGUCUAAAAUGCAUUUGAAGCUGAGUCACUUGAAUGGGUCAGAAAUAGAACUGAGUUGAAGCUACAUAAACAAGCAAUAAACAAAUCCAUCAUCCCACUCUCUCAGUAAACAUUACAUUCAAAACAUUCUACUUGACACAACAGCUGGAUAAGGCUAUCUAAUCACCUGACUAGACUAAACUAAUGGUGAAAAAUAAAUAGGGUAAAUAAACCCCAAGGAACAUGAACAUGCUGGUACUGGUGAGAAGCUAAAUAAGCUUACACGUAGAACAAGAAGAAGAAGGUGAGAAUGGGAUUCAUCAAUUAUACUUUGAUUGCCUGUGGUGUCAGUAUUGGAACCUUAUACUUAAGGUUGGGAAAUUUAGAUUAGCUUCCAGGCAAAGAUACAUUUAUGUCGGCUGGUUUAUUCCUUGAAUCAGAAGGCAACGGUGACCAACUAUC